AUGGCGACGGCAGACGAGCAACUGAGAGUUCUGCAGGCACAGCUGGCGGAGCUGCAGGGCGUGGUGACCACGCUGGCCCAGCAGCAGCCGCAACCGGCACCGGCAGCGCCUGCCGCAGCAGCCGCGGCCGCUGCCCCCAGCCAGCUUCCACCGGCCAUCGAUACCAGGGUUAUCGGUAAGCCAGAGAUGUUCUUCGGAAGCAGGGAGAAGUUCCCAGAGUGGUCGCUCGUGUUCAAAGCGUACAUUUCCGCCAUCGACGCUAGGGUUGGCAUGAUGAUCCAGAUCUUGACAGCUAAGUUCGGAGAUGACAUACCUCAAUCCCUGGACCAGUUCGAGACGAUGGUCAGGGAGUACGAGCAGCAAAGCAAGAAGGUGUUCGACGACGAUCUCAAACUAGGUCUUGUCGUGGUGAACAUGACAGACCCGGAGGUCCAGAAACACCGGGUCAAGAAUGCCAGCCGCUUGGACACGUUGAAGGCGAUGAAGGACGAGUUGCUGGACAUGGCUCGCACUGAGCAGUACCUCGACUCACAGGCCAGGCCCAUGGAGCUCGGAGGGUUUCCCAGGCCGGACAGUGAUGGCGAGCGCGACUAUGGGUUUCUCAUGCCCUUGGUCGGCGACGACGCGCCGCUAGCACCAAUGCCGCCCAGGAGGGUGAUGGUCGAUUCCGGCGCUGGCCAGAGAGUCCUGCCCACGGGUGUCGACCCAGACGCUACCGACGAUGGCUCUGCGAGGCCGUCGCGGUUGUCCACGGCCACAGGAGAAGACGUGCAGUUGACGACGGGCAAGAGGUCGCAGUACCAGGCCAGUGGUGGCAGGCCGAUCGCACUGACGCACAACGAGAGCGAUCAGGUGAAAGUUCCGGUUGUGGCUGCUUCUGAGGCAACAGAGGCCGGCAAUUGGAUUGUCUCCGGCCCUGGAGUGCAACGAGUUGUGGCUCCGGCAGACGCGCGUGAGUUGCAGGAAGCAGCUCUGGCUGCCAGGGGUGUAGAUCUGGUCAAGGACAGGGGUGUCUAUUGGUUAGAUCUCUUCGAAGACGACGGGCGGCAGCAGGCCAGACCUCUGCGCCCUGCAAGGCCAGCAAAGAAGGUCUACGCGCCGCCUGGCGGUGCGACAGAGUCGCCCGAACCGCAGAGCGCGCCACCGGGCCAUCCACCUACGGUCAGCAAGGCCGAAUGGGACCUGCAUCAGCUGGCGCGCCUGCCGUUCAGGAGCUGGUGCGAGGCAUGUGCGACUGGCAAGGCUGCAGAGGGCCCUCACUGGCGGAAGCGACCAGAUGAGCAGCAGCAGGGUUUGCCCAAGUUGAGCCUCGACUACCUGUUCAUCUCCAAGAGGGAGGAAUACCAUCUCCUGUAUGCGGUGCUGAGUCUCUUGGACGAGCGAUCCGGAGCACCAUUCCCUAACAUGGUGCAGAGGAAGGGCGACGACGACUUUGCUGUGAGUUGCAUCCAUGAGAUGGUGCGCUUCUGUGGCCGGAGUGAUUUCAUCGUCAGGAACGACGGUGAGAACCCCAUCCACGCGUUGGUGGCCAAGUUCGUAGAGACGAAGCAGAAGGGCAUCACUGUCCUCCGGAAGAACACGCCGAAAGGUUCGUCCCAGUUAGCCGGAAGUAUCGAACGUUCUAACUACGAGGUAGAGACAGAGCAUCGGGCCUUGAAGGCUCGAUUGGAGAAGGUGUACCAGAGAACGUUCGAGAUGUCUCACAAGAUGCAGCCAUGGCUGGUGAGGCACGCAGGGUGGUUGCUCACACGUUUCCAUGUCCAGGAAGACGGGAAGACACCAUAUGAGCGGCUCAAACAGAAGCCGUACAAUGUUGAAUUAUGGGAGUUUGCUGAAUGUGUACGUCACAAGCAUCCGGUGGACGCUGUGGGCAAGGCUGACGAUAGGUGGUCGCUCGGCGCGUGGCUUGGCAAGUCGCUGAGGGCAGACGACCUCUUGGCAGGCGCCGAGAGGGGCGUGACCACGCGCCGGAGCAUCUGGCGGAGGCCAGAGGCGCAGCGGCGGCAGACAUCGCUGCUAGACCGGUUCGUCGGGGGCCCCUGGCAGCCCGCGCCGCCAGGCGUCAAGGAGGUCAAGCCCAAAGAUGCGUGCAUCACCAUGGAGCGCAUCACAAAAUUCAAAGCCACGGAAGGAUGUCCUGGGUGCACAGCCCCAGGGGAGGUGCGCCACGCAGCUGCGCGUCGAGAGCGGUUUGCCCGCCCUGUGGCGGAAGAGAAGGAGAGACAGCAGGAGGCUCGAGAAGACAAGGCCCUGCGCCUCGAAGAGCCCCCCCCCGUGCAACCAGAGGCGCGCAACUUGCCGGCAGCUGCCGGCAGCGCGCCCGCGGCCCGAGAGGCAGCGAGCGCGGCGGUCACAGGAAACGCUGUGACCCGCCACGGGGCCAGUUCGGCUGCUAACCCUGCGCGCGCGGCCCGCGAGGCCGCGAGCGCGGCGGCUUGUCAAAGACCAGAGGACGUGGAGAUGCCGGAGGCACCGCGUCCGAGGGAGGCAGCCGAUGAAGAUGUGGAGGGGGGCCGACCCGUAGAAGGCGAGCCUGUGAACAAGCAGGCGCGAGUGGCUGCCCUGGCCACGCUCCGCGAGCCGGACGCGGUGACAGUGCCAGUCGGCAUGGAAAUGGCUUUCCUGCUAGCGGCCCCCGGGGCCGCAGAGCCAGCGCUGCAGGAGCUACCUGUGCACGUGGAUAUGAGCAAGGAGUCGCAUUCCACGAAGGAUGGUGUCCGGCUCGAUCCAGAGAAGGCGUUGCAGGGCAAGCUAAAAGAGCUAUCCCAGAUCGACAACUUCGGCGUGAAGGACGACAUCCCCUGGGAGGAAGCCCGCCGGCAGGGUCUACACGCAGUGAACUCGAAGUGGGUUCUUGAGCCCAAACCCACGCCUGAUGACCCCAAGGCUGUCAGAGCCCAGCUGGUAGCACGCGAAGUGAAUACGUACUCAAGGGAAGACGUAACACAGAGCGCACGUCCUAUCAAGGUCUUCCGGGUCAUCGUGUCUGCGGCUGCUGCCAAGCAGCGGUCAGAUGGAUCUUGGAGCCGUCUGAUUGCAGGCUACGAUAUCAGUGUGGCUUUCUUCCAUGCUGAUUCAGACGGUCGGACCGCAGUUGCGCCGCCCCCGGAUGUUCGGAAGCCCGGGGUCGUUUGGUUUCUGAAGAAAGCCAUGUGCGGCACCCGGCCGGCAUCCAGAGCUUUCGGCAGCUAUGUCAUUGACAAGUUCAAGGAUGAGAGCUUUGACUUGGUGGCAGUGGUGCCGAUGACGUUCGUGAGCGCAGAGUUGGAUGUAUCGUUAGGCUGCCGCGGAGACGAUUUUCUCGCAGUGGGUGGAGAGGCAGUGCAGCUCAGCCACCUGAAGCGCGUCAUUCGGUGGACGCCCGAAGGUUUCACGUGGGAAGGUAACAUCCAACGCAUCCGCGACCUAGUGGGCCUGCUGGGCCUAGUUCCCGGCGCGAGCAAGGGCACAGACACGCCCGGGUCGAAGGACACAGCGAAGAACCGCAGGGAUGCCUUGAAUCCGCUCGGCAAGGAGGACGCGAACCUAUUCCGGAGCGCGGCAGGCACCCUGCACUACCUCGCAGAGGACGCCCCGACGGUGAAAUUCACGAGUUCGCAGGUCAUGGAGGGGAUGACAAACCCCACUGUCACCCACCAGCUGCGCUUGCACAGGGCGGCCCGGCAUCUGCUAGCUCACCCCGGCGAGAUCUGGGAGUGCAGGCACCAGAAGGAUCCGCAUCUUUUGACUGAGUAUGUGGACUCAGAUUGGGCAGCAGAUUCAGAGACGCGUAAGAGUGAAAGUUGUGCGUGUGAGACGUACGGUAGUCGCCUGUUAGACGCGUCUGCGAGUAAGCAGCAGAUGAUGGCACUCAGCAGUGGAGAGGCAGAAUUCCAUUCCAUCAUCAAAGGCACAGCGACGGGGAUCCAAACAAAACAGAUGCUAGAGGCCGUGCUUCGCCACCCAGUCUCUCUGGAGAUCCUGAGCGACAGCAGCGCGGCCCGGGGCAUCUGUCAGAGACAGGGGGGCGGCCGCGUCCGCCACCUGUCUGCAAGGGACCUGCGCGCCCAAGAAUUCUUCCGCGCAGGGCAGGGGGGAUUGAAGAAGGUAGGUGCUGAGUACAACUGGGCGGAUCUUGGGACUAG